GGUACUGUGUUUGGGGUCCUCUUCGGAGGACCACUGAGUGAACGCUAUGGUCGUCGACCGGUAUACAUCGUCUCAUCUCUAUGUUUUGCUGUCUUCAGCCUUGGUUCGACGCUCUCGCCAAAUAUAUCUACUCUCCUGAUCUGCCGUGGUCUCAUGGGUCUACUCGGAAGUCCCGUCUUCUCGAUCUACGGUGGCUCGGUGGCAGACCUUUUUACACCUGAGGAGCGUGGCCCUGUGGCUGCGUUGUUUACACUUGUGUUACAAGGUGCUCCAACCAUCGGGCCUGUCCCGUCUUCUUCCCUGGGGCCCACAAUCCCUUGGAGAUGGUUACUAGGUUUUAUAACCGUCUGGGGUGGAGUUCUUGCUGCUGCCACGAUAUUGUUUGUUCCCGAAACCCAGCCUACAACAAUUCGAAGGAAGAUAGCUGAAGCUGAAGGUAUGGUCCCUGAUGUCAAGGAAAUGAAAUCCUCCAAGGCCAAGGUGUGGAGCAGAGCACUACUUACGCCAAUCAUCAUGCUUCGUAAUGAACCUAUCAUAAUCUGGACGACGUUGUACCACUCCUUUGUCUAUGGGCUCUUAUUCCUCCUUCUCGAGGCAUACCCACACAUCUACGACUCUCAUUAUUCGAUGUCCCGAGAUCAAGCAAGCUUGGUCUUCAUUGCCCCAUUCAUCGGAAAUGUGCUUGGCGUUCUCAUAUACUUUGGAUACCACAAACCUCAGUACGAGGCUCGUCAGCGCGUGAUCCAGAUCGAGUCCGGCGGCAAAUCAGAGAUCGAGCCCGAAGCUCAUCUACCCGGUCUUCUUCUUGCAUCUCUUCUCAUUCCCCUCGGGUUAUUCUGGUUGACGUUCUCGGCACAUCCGGACAUACACUACUUUUUUCCCAUAUUUUCUGGUGUCCCGAUUGGGAUGGGAAUGACCCUCUUGCAGCUCUCGUUGCUCAACUACUACAUUGACCUUUACCCAACGACCUCAGCAUCUGCUCUCGCUGCAAACUCUGCCGUCCGGAAUAUUGUGGCGACUGUUCUGCCGAGCGUCGGGUUACCAUUGUACACUUCCUUGGGUAUACGCAAUGCAAACGUGUUGUUGGCAUGCAUCAGUUGCAUAGGGCUCCCGACUGGUGUUACUUUGUACGUCUUCGGCAAAAAACUUCGUGCGGCGAGCAGAUGGGCG